UAGUGUUUGACAGAAACAUGGACUCGGGGGUCUUCUUUAUAUGAAGCUGUAAUUUAUGUCAUAGAUGGCCUUUUGCUGUGUUUUUGAGCGGGUUCACCACACUGGAGCAUAUACUACUUAUAGAAAGUAGUGUUUUGCAUGUACAUUAGGUUUUAAGAGCAUCGUGCAAAUGUUUCAGCAUGUCAUAAAUGGUCUUGUACAGUGGUUUUAAAUAAGUUCGCAACAAUAAUGCCAUAAGGAUGCACUGGAUGGUCAUGGAGAAUACUAGAUUACUGAUGAGUGACUUUAAUUAUUAAUUCCACUAGUUGCUACUUAGAAUAUAUAUAAUAUUCCUUAGUUUUCUGUAAUUAAAAUAGCUUUUGAUGAGUGGCACAAAUUUAAAAAUAGAAAUAGAUCUGCAAGACCUAAGUCUUACAGUACUAUUGUUCAACUGAUUCAAUCACGUGAACUUCAGCUGAUUAUCUAUGGGUCACCAGAUCAGCAACCAUAAGCAUCUACUGUGUUUAGGAAUAAGCAUCUACUGUGUUUAGCUUAUUUAGUUUAUUUUAGUUUAUUUUGCACUUUGUGUAUUGUAGGAGCACAAAACGCCAAACUGAUUCUCAGUUGAAUUGGGACAGUGGGGAGGUACAGACACCAUUUAAUUGAAGCUGUUGAACUGUAUGUUACAUGUUAUAGUUUUCUAGUUUUUGUAAACGAUUUCAUGACCUCUCUAUAUCUCCUUAAUGAUUCACUAAGUUUAUUUAUUCAUAUACUCCAAUGAGUAGAAAUAUUACUUCAAGAAGCUGGCACAUGGGGCGGUAUGGUGGUGCAGUGGUUAGCACUGUUGCCUCACACCUCUGGGACCCAGGUUUGAAUCUCCACCUGGGUCACAUGUGUGCGGAGUUUGCAUGUUCUCCCCAUGUCGUCGUGGGGUUUCCUCCGGGUACUCCGGUUUCCCCCCACAGUCCAAAAACAUACUGAGGCUAAUUGGAGUUGCUAAAUUGCCCAUAGGUGAGCAUGAGUGAAUGGUGUGUGAAUGUGCGCUGCGAUGGGCUGGCCCCCCAUCCUGGGUUGUUCCCUGCCUCGUGCCCAUUGAUUCUGGGAUAGGCUCCGGGCGACCCAGUAGGAUUAGUGGUUUGGAAAAUGGAUGGAAGCUGGCACAAAUAAUUGCAAGAGUUGUUUCUGUUCCCAUAAGCAUGUGUUUUAUGCAUUGACAUUGUCUGAGAGGUCAGUGAUCUUGGUCCUAAGCCUGCCCAAAUUAUGAAUUAUGACAAUGAUUCUAGCAGUUUUUAUUGACUGCUGGUCUAGAUAUUAUUUUUUGUGUUUAUCUGAACUUCUUCAUUUAAUCUGUUUUGAAGGUAGCCACCAAACUUGAUUUUUGCAAGACAGGGGGUCACAGAUCAUCAUUUCCAAAUGAGAAUGUUGAGAAGCAGCCCUGUAAGCAUGAGGUCAUCCAUGCAAAUUUUUCAAGCAUGGACAAAUGUUCUGCAUGUUUUGGACCUGUGGCGCCACUCAAGUGGAUUGGUCUGAGGUGUAAAGUGUGCUCUAAAUUUUGGCACAAGAACUGCUUUGCAAAAUUUGAAAAGAAUGAUGAAGAACCACUUUCAUGGGAUAUAGGAUUUUCAAGUUCUGAUGAGGAAGUGUCACUCUCAGAUGAGGAAUAUGUCCCAGACUCAGACAGUGAAUCGUGCAGUUCAGUGGAGUUAGCAGCAGGAUAUGUAAACAAUGUCCAAAACAAAUGUUCCUCAAAUGAACAGAACGUGAAAGUUGCCACCUCAGAGUGCACCAAAUCUCAGAAAACAAAGUUGAACCAGGAAGGUGUAAGCAAAGGUUCACAGUAUUUGAAGGCCAGGAAAGUGUCUUGUUUAAAUGAGGAUGAUUUAUUUUGUUGUCUGGAGGAGUUGACAAGUGGAGAAUCAGACAAUGAGUCAGACAGUUCUGCAGAAGGGACAGAUUUACUUUCAAGCACCAGUCAAGUUAAACGCCUUUCAGAGAUCAAAAGAUCAUCAAAAGUUGACGCUUUAAUUAAUAGAUCAGAUCGUGUUUCUUUGCCCAGAAAAGACCAUAAAACACCUACAAGUGAACAGCAGUUGGAAAUAAUAGGUGGUACUAGUGCACUUGAUUUGCCUGGAGAUUAUAAGGAUGUAUCAGUGGCAGGAGCAAAGGGUAACAUGGCUGGAGCUGAGAAAUGUCUUCAAUCAUCAGACAUUUCUUGUUCUGAAAAUAAGAAUUACUGUUACAUUUGUGGGAAACCACAGUCAAAAAUAUCUCGUCAUUUAAAAACCCAUUUGACUGAAGUUGAAGUUGCAGAAGCACUGUCAUUUCCAAAACGCUCAAAAGAACGCAAAAGACUACUAGAAAAAAUUCGGAACAAGGGGAACUAUCGGCAUAAUUCCAGUGUAUUAGAGAAAGGAAAUGGAUUGUGA